AGCCUUUUUUAUGCUUCAUUAGUUCGUUCUCUCACUGAACUGAAGGGUGGUAAUUCAUUCCAUUAAGCUCAGUUCCGAAUAUCGAAAAAUCGCUAAAAAUGAACCCUCGUUUACGCCUUCCAUUCUACAGAUUGCUUGUUGGGAAAUCUCAGGCUUCAAUUUCUUCAUCUUCCUGUAGCUUUCGGCGAAUUCAGGACUUCACUGUGAAGCCAAAAUCCGAGUUUCCUAACGAAUCGCGGGCUGAUGAUCUCCAUUUUUCGUAUCUAAUGAGUUCGAAUCGGAGCUACAGUGGUGGUUCGGGGACAUCGGAGCCCGAAUUCGAUCAGGUUAGAGAGGUGGACAGGAUCAAUCUCAAGUUUGCCGAAGCUAGGGAAGAAAUAGAGUCAGCUAUGGAGUCUAAAGAGACCGUGUAUUUUGAUGAAGAGGCCGAGUGUGCUCGGGAUGCUGUGAAAGAAGUUUUGGAAAUGUACGAGGGGCUUCUGGCGAAGUUGCCCGAGAGCGAAAGGAAGGCGUUGCAGAGGUCGAUGGGACUUAAGAUUGAGCAGCUGAAGGCUGAGCUUAAACAGCUUGACGAGUAAUUGAGGUGAUGGUUUCCUCGAAAUCCAAAUCCUUCAAUGAACAUGUUGAACUCGAAGAAAAAUUGUUUCCUCGAAGUUGUUACGAACUUUAUUAUAAAUGAGGUGAAUUUUAUCUAUAAUUCUUUAUAGAUUACGAACUUUAUGAAGUUGUUAAUUAGGUAUGAUUGGGAACUUAUUAAUAUUAAUUAUUCUCUAGUGAUUUUUGAAGUUUUAAGUUCUAAAAUGAUUGAGUGAAAAGAUCCUCAAAGAUUUACAGACUUGCAGCUAUAGAUGCUCUGUUACUUGAUGUGAUUGAUGCAGUGGAACUCCCUCUAAUCCUCAACCAUUCAAAAGGGGGGAAAGGAAAAGUACCUUUUCGUAGGAGAUGCAUUUUAUGAUGACUCUUUCUCAAGCCGCACAUGGUUGGAAAAGGUUGAUGAUGUAACAGUGCUGGUUCCAAAUGUUGUAUAGAACUUUUAGCAGUGAACAUUAUUGCUGCUUUAACCUUUAAUAGGAUGAUUCUGAAGGGCAUUCCUUAAGAUUACAAGACUGUCCAAUAUCUAUGUUGCAUCUUUUUACUUUCGUGGUACAUUUUUCAUUGCUUUCA